ACUCACAGCUUCAGGGAGGGAAAGGGGAGGCGGAACAAAAGUCCCACUGUUCUUAAAAGAAAAACAAAUACUCAACCAUUGUGCGCAACUUCAUUUGGAGACAAAACAGAGACAGUGCAGAAACUUCGUGGCAACAAUGUCUGAGCUUGAGAAUGCGAUGGUCGCAAUUAUUGAGACGUUUCACAAAUAUUCUGGCCGCGAGGGGGACAAGCUGAAACUGAAGAAAGCAGAGUUGAAAGAACUCAUUAACAAUGAGCUUGUUAACUUCAUCGGCGACAUCAAAGACCAGGAGACACUGGACAAGCUGAUGGAAGGACUGGAUGCAGACGGAGACACAGAGUGUGACUUCCAGGAGUUUGUGGUCUUCAUCGCCAUGGUUGCAGCUGCCUGCCAUGAGUUCUUCGUCCACGAGGAUGAGUAGAGAAAGAGAGAGAAAGUGUUGUCAUGGCACGAUGGCAUGUCAGGAAGUAUCUUGGGCAGACUCGAUGGGAGUUGAGCGCAGCUCUGAGCAAGUGUCCGACCCUCCCAGUAUAAUUUCAGCUCUACUUAGUCCUUGAAGACGCCUUGUACUCUGCCUAAUACAUAUGAUCGCACGGAGCAGUAGUGGCAGACAGGAGAAUUGCCUUGGCAACUGAACACAAAUAACUGCAAUAAUGUGCCAUUUAACUAAGUAAAGCAUUAACUGUUUACUCUGAGUACAACUAAAUGGCUCAACUACUUACUACAAGACUAAAAACCUCUGAAAUGUAUCAAUAAAUAAGGAAAUUGUGUUGGA